AUGGCAGCGUUGAAGGCAUUGCUUGGGGCCGCAGCUGCAUUCCAUGCAGCUGCUGUGGUGGAAGAGGGGCAGCCCUUUGCAGAAAUGCACAAGCUCGUGGGGAUCGAAUGUGGGCAGGUUCGCCUUGCCGCGUCCCAGGCAGACUGGGCCCAGGAGUUGGCUGGGCUUCAGGAGGGAUCCUGCGAGUCCUUGGGCUUCACAGAGUCCCGUGGCACCAGAGAGAUCACCCUUCCUUGGAUUGGGAGCUUGGGCCUGGGCAUCUUCCGAAAGCCAGAUGUCCUGGGAAUCGCGCAGCAAGUUAGCGAGCAGCUGAGCGGAAAGCCUGCAUCUCGAGGAUCGGCCUGCUGCACCACCUGUGCGGCGGGCGAAGAGAAGUAUGUCGCUGAGUCCGAUGACAGCUGCCAGGAGGCAUGCCUCAGCAUGACGAAGCGGAUGGUCCUCUCCUUGUCCGGGCUGCUGGAUUCGUCUUUCCAGCCGUCAAACGGCCGGGGAUGCCUCGAGCGUAAGUUUCCUGUCCUGAACGCGACGCUCAUGAAGGGCGUGGAUCCGGCGUCAUUCAGUUGGGAUGUCUACAGCCGUCCUCCGCCAAACACGGUGACGUUGCGCAAGGUAGCCUUCGGUGUUUGCGGUGAGCUGCCCUUGUCCAAGUCCGAAGCAGAGACUUCCUUGAAGCUUCCGAUUGGCCUCGAGGAGGGCACCUGUGCGGCAGCUGGAUACACAGAGCACGCCGGGCGCCAGGAGCUCCCCGGCCUGGAGGGCAAGGAGCUCGCCCUCUUCCGCAAGGCUGGAGACCUGGAUGUCCUGGAUGGCCUGCACAUGAUUUUCGCUGCCCUCACCCAGGACACGGUGACGAUGUUCAAGGUGGUCGGCGCCCUUUGCUCGGAGGCGUCCAUCGACAGGAAGUUUCAGGCCCCGCUGGAGAACAUUGGCCAGUUUGAGCUGGGCUCAUGCAAGGAGCACGGCUACGAAGUGGCCGCUGGAAGCCAGUCCUUCAGCAUUCCGCUGGUCACAGAGUUGGAGGUUGCACUCUACCGGAAGGACGUCGGGAUCCUGGUAUGA